GCUGCGCUCGAGCGGGCCACCAACGCCCUCAAGGCCAUCGGCGACGUGCAGGACCGUGUCCUGCUCGACAGUAAGGCUGCCCUGCUCGCUGAGCAGGCCCGCUUGCGCGAGAAGACCCUGUCGGAGAAGCCAUUCGGGGCGCAGUUGCACCAGCUCGCCCAUCGGUGCACAACGCUCGAGAAGAAGAAGGAGCGGCAGCAGGCCAUCGUCGUGCAGUUCGGCGUGGAUGCAGCCAACCUCCAGGCCAAUACUGCGGAUGCUGAGCGCGCCCUUGCCGACACCUCGCGCGAGCUGGUCGAAGCUGAGGCGGCUAGGCGGGCAGCAGCCGCAAUGGCACCUCAUUCCGAGGCGGGGGUCUACUCCUUGCGGGCGACGAUCCCUGCGCUGGACAUGUCGGCGGCAGAGCGUGGCAAUCUGCUCGGCGCGAUUGGUGCGGGCCCUGCGCUUGCGGCGGCGAUCCAGGACAGUUUCGACAGGCGCCUGCGGGCCAGCCAGCCAUCAGCUGUGGAUGUGGCGGUGCCGCCCGACGACGGCGACCUUGAGGACAUCCACGCCUUCUACCGCGAGGUCAGCCGCCUCAGUGAGGCCGUCGGCAGCUGCGCCAAGCGCGCCAAGACUCAGCAGGAUGUUGUUUACGCUUCUAUUGUGGUGCUUGGCGGCGACCGCCGAUGCCACGCCGCGGUGCCAGAACAGUGCCAUCGUGCUGCGUGCGGCGAGCAAGUCGACUACGACGGCUUCGACGACUGGCGGCGCUUCGGCGGUGGCAGGCGCUGGUGGCUCUACGGUCAGCGCCGGCGCAUCGACCUCGAUUUCAUGAUGCGGUGGCUGGAGAUG